CGGCAAAACUCGAUUGUGCACGGCCGUCUUACUGUAUACGAGAUACGGAUAGAUAGGUAUAGACGUAGGCAUAGAUCUACAGUGGCAGUAAGCAGAAACUCCUCAUCCUGGGCCAAUUGCUAAAUUUAGCCUCUUUUGCUCCAUCGCUUGGUGGCCUAAUUUGCAACAUGAAUCCCCCUUUCAUAUCUGAAACGCGUAGAAAUACUCUUCGCUAAAUAGCAUCUGCAAGGCUGUCACACUCUUAAACUGUCUUGAACUGGAAUACUGUUGCUCUCAAAGACAAUCCUUAAGCCUUGGUUCGUUUGCUCGUCUUGUCCGUUGCCCCGUUGGAUCAGCCGGCGAGUUCAUGUCUCAAAUCUCAUCCUUCAGACUCACCUCUUGUCUGUCUCUGUUUACCCCCAAUUCUCACAUGAAACGAAACACGAAACAGCAAACUCGACUACGUAAAAGACGUGACGUGCUGAAAUAACUCAGGGCCAAGAAAAAACUUGAAGAGAUGAACUCGAAAUGCCGUCACCUGCCUCUGUCAACAACUCUCCUCCGGCUCCGAGUCCGGCCCAGACUCAGCCUCCACCUCAGCCCGGCGCAUCGGGGGCCGGAUCCGCUGCGCCUCCGACCACGCGACCGGGCCUUCCGGACCGUGACGUUUCCGAGAACACGGUAGAGGAUGCUUACGUUGACUUUAUUCUCUUUUGCAAUCCGGCAGUGCCGCUCUCUACUGACACGACAAGUCUGAGAGAGGCAUUCCGUAAUCCUCCUCGCAGCGGCGGCAAGUCCUUCAACACGUUCGCCAUCUAUGAGCUCGUCCGCAAAUUCUACAAAAGUGAGAUACGGACAUGGACGGAAUUGACUACGAAGCUUGGUGUUGAGCCCCCAGACCCGAGCAAGGAGGAGAGCGCCCAGAAAGUUGCACAGUAUGGCGUGAGAUUAAAGAAGUGGAUGAAUUCCAUGCACGUCAAGGCCUUCUUCGAGUAUCUGAUGGACAUUCCGAAUGAUUACUGGACAAGUAUCCCUACUGACAGUAACCCUACGAGCCAGCCUAUCCGCGAUGGUGUGGCUCUCGAGGAUGACAUGGCUCUGAGGGCUCUUUUCCCACACAUACGGCCAAAGAGAGGGAGAAAGCGUCCCGUUGAUGAUGACACAGCCACUUCUCCCGCUCAGAGAUCUCACCUCGCACCGUCAUCAGCCGUUGAGGCCGUAAGCGGUCCUAUGUCCAUGUCAUUGUCAGCAGAUCCCACGAGGCUAAGCGCUGCACCGUGGACUCCGAGUGAUGCUUCUCAGCAGACGCCUCUGUUUCGCUGGCCGCAGUCUGCUAUCACACCGAACUCGAGGAGAUCUUUCUGGGACGAUGCUCUUGAGCCACAGUCUGCUGUUACACCGUCCAAGCCGAGGCUUACGACGCAGCGGAGAGGGCCUAAGAAUGUGUCCUCUGCAUGGAGACCUGGAGUCCCCAACGGUGGUGUCAAACCACGAGGACGGCCACCGAUGAAUAGAACUCCUAUAGAUGCUUCUCUGCCUCCGUUUCCUACCACGACCACCACAACAACCCCUGAGGAACCCGUAGCCCCCAUUUGUACUCCGCCAGUCUCAGCUCCCGGGGUAGACAGUGGACAAUCAGAGAAUAGUUUCUCGAUCCCCUCGAUAACAUCACAGCCGCAUCCUACCCCUGCUCCACCGAAGCCUUCUCGCCCGAGUAUAUCUUUACAAGUUCCCGAAAGACCAUCAGGCAGUGUUAGACUUGCAACUCCUCCCCCAGUCGUGGUCAUCAACGGCCCCGGUGAAACUCAGGCUCCUCCUCCACACACAUACGUCGGAACAUCAUCGAACUUUGCAAGAGCUACGGACGAAGUGACUACGUCACGACAGCAUCAAGCUGAGGAUACAAUGUCACAACAAAAGGACGUUCCAAGGUUGUAUUUCGAGAGGCUUAAAGAACGGACCAACGUGGAUGAGGUUAUCGGUUAUAUGAUGCGCAGCCUCUUCGGUGCAGAUUGGCUCGAUGCUGAAGGAAAUCCAACACAUGCAUGCUCAACGACUGAAGCGAUGGCGAUCGUCAACUCGGUUCUCGAAGACUUGUACAGAAAGGCAGCAUCACCGGACAUGUUUUUGAUCAACCUAGCUGCCAUGACAGGGGGCGGGUACCUCCUGGCCGGGACGACGAGACUCAAACGCGUUGGCCUGCAAGACGGCGCGAUGAAGUAUACAUGUGAAUGGAUAUACGGCCUAGGUCAUCUCAGGGGCCAGUAUCAGAUGGAAAUCGCUGUGCCAGUGGAGAUGCUUGACGAUUUUAAAGAGCCGAGUCCCGAAGCUAUGUCCGCGGAAUCAGCAUCCAAGUUGUCUGCGGAUGAGUGGCAGGCCAAGUACGAGAAGCUGCUUGAAGAGUUGGAUAAGAAGGAUAAGACGUUCAUGGAUCUGAGGAUGAAGGUGACGGAUAUUCUGAGGGGCGUACCUAAGAAAUGAUGCUUUGUGGGAUACUGUCGAGGUUUGCAAUGGCGUGCAUUGUUGAGCGGAGUUAUUCAGUUGUUUCUUUCUUCAGGGCAUAUAUGGUGUUGCUUCUUUCGGUUGAUACUUUGCGAAUUGUCGCAUAUAUGUAUGUAUAUGGUCGCUUAUAAUGGGCACUUGUUUACUGAGAAUAAUAUGUGGUCACCUCGGAA